GUUGAAUUGGAGGCGUGUGCUGCCGCGGUGGGAGCGCGCAGAGGAAGGGAGGGCAAUCUUGUCCGGACGCUAAUAAGACCCAAUGGCUGGUGCAAGGUGGCCAGGAGCGCUGAAACGCGACAGAAGACGGUGGACGAAAGAGAGGAGGAAAAAAAACAGCUCGACACAGGCAUUUCUGGAUGGACAAAGAGGAUGAGAGCGCCACAGGAGCGUGCCUAGGAAUUGCAGGGAGUCAGGGAGCCGCCGGGCUUUAGGCGUGCGUCACUCUGUGUGUCUCGUCAAGGGAGCUGCGUGGAGAGAGAAGUGGCACUGUGAGCCACUGACUCCUGGGAGCUCCAACCCUCCCCAAUGAAGCAGUCCUGGUGGGCCCGCCUGGCACAGCCCGGCCUGCUUGCUGCCUGGACCUGCAUAUGGCUGGUGCAGGGAUGCGGACCGGGCCCUGGGUACGGCAUCCGCCCCAGGCCCAGGAAACUCACAGCCAUGCACUACAAGCAGUUUUUCCCCAACUUCUCAGAAAACAACCUCGGGGCCAGCGGGAGAGCGGAGGGUAAGAUCACACGCAACUCUGAGCGUUUCAACGAACUUGUGUGCAACUACAACCCAGACAUCGUCUUCAAAGAUGAGGAGAACACCAAUGCAGACCGCUUCAUGACCAAGCGAUGCAAGGACUGUUUGAACAGGUUGGCUAUUGCAGUGAUGAACCAGUGGCCAGGGGUACACUUACGUGUGACAGAGGCCUGGGAUGAGGAUGGUCACCAUCCUCCUGGCUCUCUGCACUAUGAAGGCCGGGCCGUGGAUAUAACCACUGACGACAGAGAAACAGAGAAGUAUGGUCUCCUCGCCCAGCUGGCUGUGGAGGCUGGCUUUGACUGGGUCCACUAUGAGUCCAAAUAUCACAUCCACUGCUCAGUAAAAGCUGAUCACUCUGUUGCAGUGGAAAAAGGUGGGUGUUUCCCAGGCUGGGCCCGGGUGACUGUAGCUGAAGGGGGACAGAAGAGCCUGUCAUCUCUGGCUCCUGGGGACAGAGUCAUGGCCCUGUCUGGGACAGGCCAAGUCGUGUUUAGCAAAGUCAUCUUGUUUCUGCACCGGGACCAGGAAAGCUGGUCUACUUUUCUGUCUCUGGAGACAGAAGAUGGCCAUAGAUUGGCCCUCACUCCACAUCACUUGGUCUUUUUAGCCCCCCAUUGCAGACUUGACAGCAGUGAGUACCAGGCUAAGUUUGCUAGCAGAGCCAAAACGGGAGACUGUGUUCUCAUCCAUACCGCAGAGGGUCAUGUACGUCCAUCUCGAAUCAGCUCAGUCUCAGUAGAGGAGAGUAUGGGAGUGUAUGCGCCCUUGACAGAAGCUGGAACUUUGUUUGUCGAUGGAGUGCUUGCAUCCAACUAUGCACUGGUGGAGCACCACAGACUCGCACACUGGGCGUUUGGACCUGUGCGACUCCUCUCCUCAUUCAACCAGCUACUUUGGGGGGAGACAACAAAAGAACAGCAGAACACUGAUGGUGAAACAGCUUGCGCCAAGACUCCGAUACAUUGUAGCACUUUGGCCACAAAGGACAAAGCCAGUGUAUAUGUGACUAAUGGUAUUCUGAACAAACAAGACAAUCUGAGUGAACCUCUGAGGAUGGAAAUGAAAGAGAAGCACUUCUUGCAUAGACAGACAUCAGACGUACACUGGUAUGCUAGGUUACUGUACAGUUUUGGAUGUAUCUUUUUAGACUCCUACUCAUUUAAUCUUUAAAAGCAUAAAACUAUAGACUUAAUACAUGUCAUAGUGCAAUUUUGAUACAUAUACACUAACACUUGCUGUUCUUUUCUUCAAUAAAUUAAAAGCAUUGGAA